CUCUCCGCGCGCAGAGCUCAGCGGAGAGACGAGCACAGACAGCCGAGAGACGAGGCAGCGGCGGCGGUGACGGGCGGACACAGCAGCGCGGAGACCAGGCUUUCUGAAAAAAUCCGAAGAAUUCGUCGGAAAAGCACCAUGUCCUCGCCUUCAGACGAAAAGGCCGAGCUCCCCUCUCGGAUCUUGGCAUCGAAACAACUGGAGAAGACAUGAUGGAAGGAUAAUCAGCUCAAGACGUUAACAUUGGGAUCGUAGUCUGCGUAACUGCAAAGAUGGAUGAAGCGAAGGAUUUGAAGGAUACCUAAGAGGUCUGCCUCUGAGGACAUCAGGAGGACUGUACUAAGAAAAGAAGUAGUCUCGACCCCCUACUGGACAAUCGAAUGGAGACUACAGCUUUAUCAGGAAGAUGGCGGAUCUGAUUUUGCUUUUGGAUUUGUAAAGACAGAACCUUUAUGUAAUUUUGCCUGCUGUGGUGCACUUGUUCUUUAUUCGGACAAAUGUUUUUCAAUGUUGUUUUUCCAAUGUUUUAACGGUGUUUUGUUACAACUUGCAACUUUGUAUUGUUUCAGCCAAUAUGUACAUCCUGUAUGUAUGAUCAUUCAAACUUGAAUAUUCUAUUUUUCAUUUAACUAAAUAAAACUUCUAGUUUUUAAAUGAUUCUGACUUGCUCUCAUUGGAUGGGGAAAUGCUUCGAUAACCUGAGUUAAUAUUUCUUCUUUGUAAAAGUCAGUGUCUAACCAAUUUUUGGUUUUCAAAGAUUGCAAUAAUGGUUUUCAUCUGGUUAACAUCUCUGUGUGGCUUCCUGAAUUACAUUGGUCUAAGAGAUGACAUCAUUACGAACUGUGAAUAUUUACGUAAGCCGCUCAGUCUAGCUAAUUUAAAUCAUAAAAGCGUCUAUUAUUAUGCAGCAAAAGCUCGAUGAAUUCAGUCGGUCUAGAGCUUAACAAUCAUACAAGCCCAUCGUACCCAAAAUGUUAAAAUUCCAAAAGCCCUCAUUCUUGUCCAGCUUCCAUGUCUCGAUGAAUUAGAUUGGUCUAGAAUAUAAGACCCAACAGUGAAUUACGAACUCGCUACGGUCAGACUAGCUUGCGAUGUCCAGCACGUUUAAAUUCUUGAAGCCCUCAUUCUUACUCAGCCGUUCAAAUAAAAAUAAAAUUAUGUUGAAAUACAACCUCGACACACAUUUUUGGCUUUAAUUCUUUUAAUGCUGCCAGCUUUCAACAAUAUUCCCUGCAGUUGUUGUACAAAUAUGAAAAAAUAAUGGCACAGAAAGUGUCUUUCUGCCACGGUGGUCCAGUCUUAAACUCAACCUUGAGUCUAAACUCAAACUCAGGGUUAUGUAAAGAGUUAGAUGUGCUCUAAAAUGGUGUCCCUUACAGUCCAACACUCUAAAAUGGCUCCUGAUAUCGCAUUUCCUGUCUGAGCAGGAAGUGAUGGCUUACUGAAAUAAUUUCUUUUAUACCCCCUAAAAACAAUAGUCUUGUAAUCUAAAGCCUCAUUAUGUGUUCUGGGUGGCAUAUCCGUCCUUUAGGUUAGCAUGAGGUCUUUAGUGGAAGUGUAUUAAUGAAGUAGUUUUAGUUUAAAAUAAAGGGGGUGGGUCUUCAGUGCAUCACCUGAGUCCGGGCUAAAUGGAGAGAACGUCAAUCAGAGGCUGAAGCUCUCAGAGCUGGGAAGGAGCUGUAGAUGGCGGAUGAGCCUUGGGAAGGGGAACUCGCUGAGCCUCGCCGGGCUCUCUGGAGCACUUCUCUCUCAACUUUCUCUAACUUCAACUCUCGCGUUAGGGCUCGUAUUUAAGCGGAUUUGAUUUGUAUAUUUCGUGGGGGAAUGUAGAAACGUUCGUGCGUCGUUUUUGCGGCUUUGUUUCGUCGAGAGAAAAACAUGUACUGCUUUAGCGUAGAGGAGACAGUCGUUGUUUUCUCUGCCUUGCGCUGGCAGCCAUGGCGGUCCUCCAUUUUUAGUGCGCCGCGCAAGGCGCUUUAGAUCCUCCACUCUCCAUUCAAAAGGCCACCGCCGGAUUUCUUUAUUUCUUUUUUCCUUUUUCUAAUAAUAUUCCGUUUUCUAUUUUCAUUCGAGGUUGUCGGAAUCUGUUUUUUUAUUUUUCGUGCCGGAGUAUUAAAUCGACAUUUUUUUUCGGCCGCUACAUUUCCCUACGUGUCUGCGGAAUAGUUAAUACCUGGACUAACGACCAUCAUUAACAAAAAGCUCAAAGGCAAAACGAUGAUGACGAACAAGAACAAAAAACAAGGAGACGACGGCUCAACUCAGAGCAAUGCUUCAAGCAACUCAGCAUCAGAGGAGUCAAACCACUCCGGCUCGGAGUCGGCCAGUCAGUCGGAGAGCGAACAGGGCAGUGAGCGAGCACGAUCCCACCACUCCGAGUCCAACAGCUCAUCUGAGUCCGAGAGCCGCUCCGAGUCUGGGAGCGAGUCUGCUGGCUCCAAGACCCACCAGGCAGAAACAGAUGAGCUUGAUGCCAAAGAGAAACGUAUCAAGAAGAAGGAUCUGACAGACGUAAAGAAGAUGUGGGAGAAACAUCCAGAUGUUUAUGGUGUUAGAAGGUCCAACCGGAGCAGAACAGAACCAGCUCGUCUGAACAUUGGAGCAGAGGGCAGCAGUGAGUCUGAGAGUGAAAGCCCUAAAAGAAAAGCAUCCCAGCAGAAAAAGAAACAAAAUACCUGGAAAGAUGAUGACUCAAACGACGAGGAUGAUGAUGAUGAUGAGGAAGAGGCCAGCAGUUCAGAGAGUGAGCAGGAAGAAAAAAAAGUUAGAUCCAGACGACUUCCUGCUAGAAGACCUCAGACCAAAUCCACAGCCAAGCAGCAUCAGUCUCAAAAGGGACGGAAACUAAGAAAGCAGGAGUCGUCGGAAGAGGAGGAAGAUGAUGAUGACGAUGAUGAUGACGAGGAGGAUACUCCAAAGAGACAGACCCGUCGCAGGGCAGCUACUAAAGUUAGUUAUAAGGAGGACCAGAAUGAUUUUGAGACAGACUCUGAUGACCUGAUCGAGAUGGCUGAGGGGACAGAAGAUAUGCAGGACGACGACAGUGAGACCAUUGAAAAGGUCAUUGACACCAGGCUUGGUAGGAAGGGAGCUACUGGGGCUGCCACCACCCUCUAUGCUGUAGAGGCCAACGGCGACCCUGGAGCCGAUUUUGACCCAGAGAAGGAGGAAGGAGAGACUCAGUACUUCAUCAAGUGGAAGGGCUGGUCCUACAUUCACAACACAUGGGAAAGCAUAGACUCUCUCACCCAGCAGAAAGUCAAAGGGAUAAAGAAGCUGGAGAAUUUUAAGAAGAAGAACGAUGAGCUUAAUGCUUGGUUGAAAAGAGCAUCACCUGAGGAUUUGGAAUAUUACAACUGUCAGCAAGAGCUAACCACUGAUCUGAACAAGCAGUUUCAAAUAGUGGAGAGAGUCAUUGCAACAAAAACUGGGAAAUCACAGGUGCCCUCUGAUUUUCCCUCGCAUAAGACCACUUCCAAUGAGCCAGAGUACUUGUGUAAGUGGAUGGGCCUGCCCUACGCCGAGUGCACAUGGGAGGAUGGUGCUUUGAUAGGAAAAAAGUUCCAGUCUUGUAUAGAUAGUUUCAACAACAGGAAUGUCUCUAAAACCAUCCCCUCCAAAGACUGUAAGGUGUUAAAACAGAGGCCUAGAUUUGUGGCUCUAAAGAAGCAGCCAUCUUACAUCGGGGAUGAGAACUUGGAGCUGAGAGAUUACCAGUUAGAUGGGGUGAACUGGCUAGCCCACUCCUGGUGCAGGUGUAACAGUGUUAUAUUAGCAGAUGAGAUGGGCCUGGGGAAGACCAUCCAGACCAUUUCCUUUCUCUCCUACCUGUUCCAUCAGCACCAGCUGUACGGCCCCUUCCUCUUGGUGGUGCCCCUCUCCACGCUCACUUCCUGGCAGCGGGAGUUUGUUACCUGGGCACCUGACAUGAAUGUCGUGGUCUAUUUGGGGGACGUCUUGAGCAGGAAGACGAUUCGUGACUAUGAGUGGAUCCACCAGCAGAGCAAAAGAAUCAAGUUCAAUGUGCUUUUAACUACAUAUGAAAUUUUACUGAAAGAUAAGGGUGUUUUGGGGAACAUAAACUGGGCCUUUCUCGGGGUGGAUGAAGCUCACCGGCUGAAGAAUGACGACUCGCUGCUAUACAAAACACUGAUCGAUUUCAGGUCAAACCACAGGCUGCUCAUCACUGGGACCCCGCUGCAGAACUCACUCAAAGAGCUGUGGUCCCUUCUGCACUUUCUGAUGCCUGACAAAUUUGAGUUCUGGGAAGAUUUUGAGGAAGAGCACGGUAAAGGCAGGGACAACGGCUACCAGAGUCUUCAUAAAGUGCUGGAGCCCUUCCUGCUGCGCCGUGUCAAGAAGGACGUGGAGAAAUCCCUGCCUGCCAAAGUGGAGCAGAUCCUCCGAGUGGACAUGUCCGCCCAGCAGAAACAGUUCUACAAGUGGAUUCUCACAAGGAAUUAUAAAGCCCUCUCAAAAGGCACCAGAGGAAGUUCUUCAGGCUUCCUUAACAUUGUCAUGGAGUUGAAGAAGUGCUGUAACCAUGCCUUCCUUAUCAAGCAGCCAGAGGAGGGAGAAAACGAAAGUUCUCAGGAGCGCUUACAGACCACGGUGCGAGGCAGUGGGAAGCUGGUCCUCCUGGAUAAACUCCUGACCCGGCUGAGGGAACGGGGCAACCGCGUGCUCAUCUUUUCUCAGAUGGUCCGUAUGCUGGACAUCCUGGCUGACUACUUGGCCAUGAAACACUAUCAAUUCCAGCGCUUGGACGGUUCUAUCAAAGGAGAGCUCCGGAAACAAGCACUCGACCACUUUAACGCUGAGGGUUCUGAGGACUUCUGUUUCCUCUUGUCCACUCGUGCUGGAGGCCUGGGCAUCAAUCUAGCCUCAGCUGAUACUGUUGUCAUCUUUGACUCAGACUGGAACCCACAGAACGACCUGCAGGCACAGGCCAGAGCCCACAGAAUAGGCCAGAAGAAACAAGUCAAUAUUUAUCGUCUGGUCACCAAAGGGACUGUAGAGGAGGAUAUUAUUGAAAGGGCAAAGAAGAAGAUGGUUCUAGACCAUCUUGUCAUUCAGAGAAUGGACACCACUGGACGAACGGUUCUGGAUAAUAGUUCAGGAAAUUCAAAUUCAAACCCUUUUAACAAGGAGGAGCUGACGGCUAUCUUGAAGUUUGGAGCAGAAGAUCUGUUUAAAGAGCCUGAAGGGGAAGAGUCAGAGCCACAGGAGAUGGACAUUGAUGAGAUUUUGCGGCUGGCUGAGACCAGAGAGAGUGAUCAAGGUUCCAGUGCAACAGAUGAGCUCCUGUCCCAGUUUAAGGUGGCCAACUUCACCAUGGAUGAGAGCACUCCAGAGCUCGAGGAGAAACCCAUGAGGGACUGGGAUGAGAUCAUUCCUGAAGACCAGCGGCGACGGGUGGAGGAAGAGGAGAAGAAAAAGGAGAUGGAGGACAUCUACAUGCUGCCCAGGAGCAGGAGCUCCAAUAAAAGAGCGCAGGCUAAUGACAGUGACAGCGACGUUGGCUCAAAGCUCAAACUCAAGAACCGUUCCUCGGGCUCGGAGAGUGAAACAGACGACAGUGAUGAUGACAAGAAGCCAAAGCGGAGAGGCCGACCGCGUGCACGCAAGAACAACGUGGAGGGCUUCACUGACGCAGAGAUCCGCAGGUUCAUAAAGGCUUAUAAGAAGUUUGGAGCCCCACUUGAGAGGCUGGAGGCCAUUGCACGAGACUCUGAGUUGGUGGACAAGUCCAUAGCAGACCUAAAGAGACUGGGAGAGCUGGUUCACACCACAUGUGUGACUGCAAUACAGGAGCAUGAAGAACAAAUGAAGGAGAACCCCACAGAAGCCAAAGGUCCAGGGAAAAGACGCGGCAUCAACAUCAAGAUCUCAGGGGUUCAGGUCAAUGCCAAGUCCAUCAUUCAGCACGAGGAAGAGUUUGAGCCUCUUCACAAAGCUGUGCCCUCCAACCCCGCCGAGAGGAACAAGUUUCAGCUGACCUGUCGUGUGAAAAUUCCUCAUUUUGAUGUGGACUGGGACAUCCACGACGAUACACAGCUGUUGCUAGGCAUCUAUGAGCAUGGCUAUGGCAACUGGGACCUGAUCAAGACUGAUCCUGACCUGAAGCUUUCAGAAAAGAUCCUUCCAGAUGACCCUGACAAGAAACCACAAGCAAAACAGUUACAGAUGAGAGCAGACUACUUGUUGAAGAUGCUGAAGAAGGACCUGGAGAACAAAGAUGCAUCCAAAGCAGGAGAGGAGACCAAGGUAAAGAAGAGGAAACCACGAGUAAAGAAGGAGAACAAGGCCCCAAAAGAUGAGCUAGCCAAUGAAAUCUCUUCUCCCCGUCUGUCUGACAUCCCAUCUGAGGAAGGCGAAGUGAAGGAUGACGGAGCUGAGAAAUCCCCCACAAAGAAAAAACAGAAGAAGAAGGACAACAAAGAGAACAAAGAGAAGCAGGGAGCUCAGAAGAAAGAGAAGGAGGGCGACAAGGACAAAAAGCGCUCCAAGCUCAAGAAAGAUAAGGCCAAACCAGCAGGCAAAGGCAAGAAGGCUCAGGGCCCGGUGCACAUUACAGCAGGCAGUGAGCCUGUCCCUAUUGGAGAGGAAGAUGAUGAACUGGACCAGGAAACCUUCAGCAUUUGUAAAGAGAGGAUGAGGCCGGUGAAGAAGGCUCUGAAGCAGCUGGAUAAGCCAGAUGAAGGCCUGUCAGUGCAGGAGCAGCUGCAGCACACUAGAGCCUGCCUGCUGAAGAUUGGAGACCGCAUCACUGAGUGCCUUAAAGCCUACAGCGACCCGGAGCAUGUCAAGACUUGGCGCAGAAAUCUCUGGAUCUUUGUGUCCAAGUUCACUGAGUUUGGAGCCAGGAAACUGCACAAGCUGUAUAAAAUGGCUCAGAAGAAACGAUCCCAGGAGGAAGAGAAAGAGCAAAAGAAGAAAGAUGACCCCACCAGGAAGAAGCCUUUCCGGCCUGAACCGUCUGGAUCGAGUCGUGACUCCACCGGGACUCAGCCUCCAACUAAGCCCCAUCCACCUCAGAACCACCCCACCGGACCGCCCUCUCACUCCCACCACCGUGAGCCCUACAACCAGUCCAAUAAGAGACACUUCCCUAACGAUGAUCGGGGAGAAUGGCAGAGGGAUCGUAAAUACAACUACCCUGGUAACAGCAACCAGUCCUGGCAAGGUGACCGCCAUCACCCUUACGACCCUCACAGGUACAAGGACCAUCACUAUGGUGACCGACGGCCACAUGGGGACUCGUACCGCAACCCUGGAGGCUACCGGAAUAGUGGCUCUCCCCGCAAACGCCCCUACGACCAGUAUGGCAAUGACCGUGACCAUCGGGGUCAUCGUGACUAUUAUGAUAGACAUCCGGACCCCAAGAGGAGGCGAUCGGACGAGUACCGCUCACCGAACUACCACCAGGGCGGUGGAGGAGGAGGUGGAGGAGGGGGAGGAUAUUCUCAGGACUUCAGGAGGAUGCCUGAUCACAGGGGCGUCCCUGGGAACCACCCAAUGGGGCCUGACCACUACCGGCCAUUUCACCCAGACAAGCCCCCUCCUGUUAUAGACCCUCGCUCCCCUCAAGCACAGAAAUCCCCACUCGAGUCCCUCUCGCCCCUCGAGAGGACCACGGAGCAGAAACCCGGGACAGAUCUCAACUGGAACAACAGGAAGACGUGAUUCAGGUGAGCGCUCCAAGCAGGGACGGUCCACGCUGCUCAGUGGACACUGCAGGGAGGACACCUUUCUUCUGGCCCUUAUGGGCAAAACUGGGCUGUAUUUACCAGCCACCAACAAAUCCCCUCCUACUGCUAGAAAAUGAAGAUCCAAUGUAGAGCUCUGCCAGUGUGUCCUGAGCUCAAUCCUGGAUGUAAAGGACAGGUGCGGUCAGGAAGCUUGAACCGAGGAAAAUGAACGGCAAAAGCUCAGUUAGUCCUAUGGACUAUUAUGUGAAUUAACUUACUAAAGCCUUUGAAGUAUGACCGAGUUUGAAGCGUGAAAGUGCCUCACGUAUUUGGCCUU